UGUCAACAACAUCCUGUCCUGGAGGGACGCUCUCCACAGCCGAGUGGGAAUCCGGUGUGAGACGGGCGUCAUUUAAACUUCCGGCAAAGGUGCAAACGCCAGACGAGAAAAAUGAAGAUGGGACAUUUUGAAAUGGUCACCAUGCUGCUGGCAGCCGCGGUUCUAAUGGACAUCUUCCAGGUGAAGGCGGAAGUGUUAGACAUGGCAGAGAAUGCGUUUGACGACGAAUACCUGAAGUGCAAAAGCAGAAUGGAAACCAAGUAUAUUCCGCAGAUGGAGAAAGAGGAACAGGCAAACGAUGCGCUCCUGCGGACGGUGUGGGACAAUGCGGAGAUCCAGUGGGAAGCGCGGAAGGCUCAGCUCUUCCUCCCUAGGAACUUCAAGGACCCCUAUGGAAUAGCUCUGACGGCCUUCCUGACUGAGGCUCAGGAACAGACUCCCUUCUACCACACAUUCAACGGCGCUGUGAAGAUGGCCGGCCUGUCCCGAAGACGGUACAUCUAUAACUUCCCGUUCAAGGCUUUUCAUUUUUACCUGGUAAGAGCCCUGCAGCUGCUGAGACGACCUUGCGAGAAAAGUUACAAAACUGUGGUGUACAGCACAAGCCCAGACAUUUCAUUCACGUUCGGAGAGCAAAACCAGGUCAGGCUGGGCAACUUCACGUUGGCGUAUUCAGCCAAACCCGAGACAGCCAACAAUCAUCGGGUACUAACCAUCCAGACCUGCUUUGGAGUCGCCGUGGGAAAGUUUCUUAAUAAAGAAGCCGAAAGUGUUGUUUUAAUACCUCUGAGUGAGGUUUUUCAAGUGUCGAGGAAAGGAACUAGCGACGACCUUAUCCUUCAGAGCAUAAACAAUACCUGCAGCUACUACGAGUGUGCAUUCCUCGGGGGUCUAAAAACAGAAAAUUGUAUCGCGAACUCAGAAUAUAUUGACCCAAGGCAUCUCUACAACCCGGAUAUGGACAGUCAGAAGCUUGAAGACUCUGGUAGGAAAAACUUCGACCCUGCCAGAAUGCCAGACAGUAAAGAGCUACAAACAGAGGAAAACCCUCUCCUGCCGGAUGAAAAGCCUGAUAGAAGUCAAGGAAAGGCCAACAAUCCUACUCCAGGUCCGGUUCCAGGUCCGAAGUCCCAUCCCUCUGCAUCCUCUGGCAAUACACUCCUUCCGUCAGUCACAGCAUCCGCCGUUCUACUCGUCGCUUCUGCUGUAAACUUCAUCGAGCUAUAGCUUGAAAGGCUGUCUUAAUCUUUAUCUGAAAGAUGCUAUGGGGAUCCCACAGGAGGUCAAGAGAAAAGAAUGUAGCUUUUCUUGGACAGACUUCACUGUAUAAAAGAACUGUAUAUUUGUUCCUUGUUUUACAAUUUGAAAAGCUGGUCCAGAUAGUAUCAUAGAAUUAACUUUUCAUUUCUGUAUUAAUUUUAGGACUGCAAAAAUCCCAAAGCUGUAUACUUUUGAUCGGAUUCAAUAAAAACUUUAAGUUUACUAAAUGUUUUCCUGUAGAGUUUCCAAAUAUUAAAAGUCUAUUAUUAAUGUUAUUGAUUAACAUGAAUUUACUGCCAGAAUCAACAGGUGAAGAAUCAGACUUCAAAUAAACGGGCCGACUGGGCGGUCCCACUUGCUUCAGGAAAGCUGUUACUUUGCUUCUGGACGUUUCUGUCUUUUGUCUUUCCUCCUCAUCAAAUGAACUCAGCAGGACCAGCCACCGCUCCAUUAUACUAGCCAUAUCUAAACGUGGUACCCGAGUGGGAAGAUGAGCUCCCUCAUCAGCCACCCGCCCUGAGUAAGUGCUCAGGUGUCUACACCUUUAGAAACCCCUUUCUGCACUUGCACUUGGCUCCAAAGAAGAGAACAGGCCUAUCUUCUGAGCCAAACUCAUGCAAAGAAAAAAAGCCACUGGAAUACAGCAAGCAGGGAAGUAAGAUUCAAAACAAGAGAAGCCAAGCCCAGGGGAG